AUGGCAAUAGACUCUCAGCCCAAAUGGGAAGCAAAGGUAAGUAAAAAGCUAAACAAACAUAAACCAGAAGAUGUAUGGCCUUUCUUGGAAGAUUUUUGCAGCUUCGACAAGUGGCUUCCUAGCAUUGACACAUGUUACAAAGUUGAAGGCAUCGAGGGGCGGCCCGGCCUAAUCCGGUACUGCGCCGCCACUCUACCACCACCUCCGGACGGCACCGGCAGUGAAGAGACUAUCAAGUGGUGCCAUGAGAAGUUGCUAGAGGUUGAUCCAAUCAAGAAGCGUCUAAGCUAUGAAGUUUUGGACAACAACAUGGGAUUUAAGACAUACAAAUCAACAUUGGAAGUGUUGCCAUCAAUGGAUGGUGAUGAUGAUCAAAAGGGUUGUUUGAUUGAGUGGUCAUUUUUUGCUGAUCCAAUUGAAGGGCUGAGAAUUGAAGAUAUGGUUGCAUAUCUUGAUUCUUCUCUACAAGGCAUGGCAGAGAAUAUUGAGAGAGCAUUGGAAAAUGAGUAA